AUGUCAACUCCACAGGAGGAAUCAUCGCCGGUGCCUGUUCCAGAAUCAGCACAGGAUAUUGAAUCGAAACCAGAAGGCAUUAAAGAGGAAUCUUUAAAUGAUGGUGAUCCUUCGACUAACAAGGAUGCUGCAUCCAGUAACACGAGUGUACCAAGUAAAAGACGAAGGAAGGCACCAGCUACCGGAAAGAAGCCCACGGCAGAAGCAUUACAAAGAAGAAAGGAAGGACGGAUCAAAGCAGCAGCUACAAUUGCACAAAAUUUGAAAAAAACAGGGAUAGGUAGAUUUGAAUCUGAAAAUGGAUUUGGAUUAACAAGCGUGAGAAGUAUCCCUUUAAUUAAUCAGAAGAACUAUUAUACUGACUACUUGAAGAAGGAUGAGCAAAUAUCUUUCAUUAGAAACUGGAGGAAUGAAAAGUUGUUGCAACUGAAGCUCAAUAAUCUUAAGAAGAAUAACAGCAAUGGUAAUAGUGACAAGAAAGACGACUCUAACUCUGAUGCUAAGAGUUUCGAUGAGUUCAAUCUUAACGACAUUAAAGCUGAGUUGGAGAAAAAGAAAAUCAUGGAUAGCGCCCUGGCUAUCCCAGAGGACGAAGAAGAGGAAGAUGAUGAAGAAGAGGAUAACGAGGAAGUGACUGAAGAAAAAGCCAAGCAAGGGUCUGAUACGAUUGUUAUACAUCCUGGUUCCUCUCACAUAAGAAUUGGGAGAGCGACAGAUGCCUUUCCUACAACCAUUCCAACUGUUGUUGCUGUUCAAACUAAUGAACCAAACAACCCAUCGUCGAAUAUUUCUCCAAAAAGAACCGUAGAUGAAGAUGGGGAAAUAUAUUUCGAUGAAGCAUUUGAUGAAGCAAAGGCCGUUGUAGCUAAGGACUUUAAGGCUAGAAUGAGAUUUUACAAGAGGAGAAUCUUACCAAACUCCAGAGAGGGGGCAAUAAACUUCAAUAAAAAACAGCAACCGGAAGAUAUUCCGGAACAUAAUGAUCCUUACCAAAAGACUUGGAUUAGCGAUACGGGAGAUAGAAAGUUUUUCGUAGGAGAAGAUGCACUUAAAUUACCUAUAAGUGAAAAAUUCAACACUUGGAAAUUAAGAUUUCCAAUCGUCAAUGGUGGAUUUAACGAAAGUUCGCCUGAUUAUAACUCCCCACAAGAGAUACUUGGCGACUUAGCUAAUAUUGUAAUUGAGUCUCUUGAAAAGAUGGAUAUCAAAGAAACAAAAAAUUUCAAGGCGAUUAUUAUCAUCCCAGAUUUGUACGAUAAAAUGUACGUUGAGACUUGGGUUGACUUACUAUUCAGAUUGGUUGGUUUCGGAAAGGUAGCGAUAAUCCAGGAAGCGGUACUGGCUACAUUCGGUGCAGGUGCUUCAUCUGCAUGUGUUAUAGAUGUUGGGUCACAAACAACAUCAAUUGCAUGCGUCGAUGAAGGUAUGGUUAUAAAUGACUCAAGAAUAACGCUCGACUACGGAGGUGAUAAUGUAACUGAAGCUUUUAUAAAGUUGCUAUUACAAAGUCAUUUCCCCUACAAGGAAAUAAAUUUGAACAGCAAGAAUGAUGAUUGGGAACUUGCAGAAACUUUGAAGCAGAACUUUGUUACCUUUCAAGAUGCAGACAUUGCUGUGCAAUUAUAUAAUUUUUACAAAAGAAAACCAUUCGAGACAACCCAAAAGUAUGAAUUUAAAGUCUUUGACGAAGUCAUGCUAGCACCAAUGGGGCUAUUUUACCCCGAGCUAUUCGAAAUUAACGGUUCGGCAAAGAGUAAGAAAUUAUUUAGUCCAUCAACCGAUCAGUACUCCACUAAACCAAAUAACCCUUACUCACGUUCACAUGAAAACUUAAUCAAGAAUGUUGUUCAUUGUGACAUGGUGGAUGAAGACUUGUUGAUGAGCCUUCAAGAAGAAAGAAGUAGUAAGUCAACAAAUCCCUUUUCGAAACCAAAGCCAAGCAAGACAGCUAUCCUUGACCACACUGAUAAUCGAGUCACCACUUCUCUCGAAAAAGCUAUCAUCGAGUCGAUAACAGGGGCAGGUGUAGCCACUGAUUUCGGCAAAGCAAAGAAGCUUUACGACAAUCUUCUUAUAGUCGGUGGAGGUUUUGCAAAAAUUCCUGGUUUUGAUUUGAUUUUGUCCGAUCGUAUAAACAUUUGGAGGCCAAAGUUGUUGUCCACUUCGACUAUCGAUGAGAUCUUAGACUACGUAACCACUGAGAAGCUGAAGCAAGAUAAAUUGAAGAAACAAUUAAUCGAAGAGUUAAAAGAGUCGAAGAAAACUUCCCCAGACCAAGCGAUCGAUGACAUAGAAUUGUCCGAAGAAGACCUAGAAGAUAUAGAAAGCCAAACAAGGCCGCAAUUGGAUUGGGACAAACUCGAUGCUCUCAGCGAAAAGGGUAGCUUAUUGUCGGUAAAUGUCCUUCCUCCACCAAGGGAAUUUGAUCCAGAAAUGCUUACGUGGAAAGGUGGCAGCGUCUAUGGUAGAUUGAAGGUUGUUAGUGAGAUGUGGGUCAGUAACAAUGACUGGGACUUGUUACAGAGCAGAAGCUUGUACUAUAAAAGUAUCUUCAACUAUUAG